AAUAUAAAGCCUCCACCGCACAAGUCCGGCUCCCCUCGCUUCGAGACCUCCGUCUCACUUCGGUCACUCUGGGAAGCUACCCCGAUUUCACUGUUCCCGCCGGUCAAAAUGAGAGAAAUCCUACAUGUCCAGGGUGGUCAGUGCGGUAACCAGAUAGGAGCCAAGUUCUGGGAAGUGGUCUGCGAUGAGCAUGGAAUUGAUGCCACAGGUCGGUACAUUGGGAAGUCAGAUCUCCAAUUGGAGCGGGUCAAUGUGUACUACAACGAGGCUUCUUGUGGGAGGUUCGUUCCCAGGGCGGUGCUUAUGGAUCUGGAGCCCGGCACCAUGGAUAGCGUCCGAACUGGGCCAUAUGGUCAGAUCUUCCGACCAGAUAACUUUGUCUUUGGACAAUCAGGUGCUGGAAAUAAUUGGGCUAAGGGUCACUACACUGAGGGGGCUGAGCUCAUUGACUCGGUUCUUGAUGUUGUGAGGAAGGAGGCCGAGAACUGUGACUGCCUUCAGGGCUUUCAAGUAUGCCACUCUCUUGGUGGAGGAACUGGUUCCGGAAUGGGAACACUUUUGAUAUCAAAGAUCAGGGAGGAGUACCCAGAUCGGAUGAUGCUCACAUUCUCUGUUUUUCCUUCCCCCAAAGUUUCUGACACAGUUGUUGAACCCUACAACGCAACCCUUUCUGUCCACCAGUUAGUUGAGAAUGCAGAUGAAUGCAUGGUGCUGGACAAUGAGGCCCUUUAUGAUAUCUGCUUCCGCACUCUUAAGCUAACCACUCCGAGCUUUGGAGACUUGAACCAUUUGAUAUCUGUGACCAUGAGUGGGGUCACAUGCUGCCUUCGUUUCCCUGGACAAUUGAAUUCAGACCUCCGAAAAUUGGCUGUAAAUUUGAUACCCUUCCCUCGCCUCCACUUCUUUAUGGUCGGUUUUGCACCCUUGACUUCACGUGGAUCACAGCAGUACUGUGCCUUGACUGUCCCUGAGCUGACCCAGCAGAUGUGGGAUGCUAAGAACAUGAUGUGUGCUGCUGAUCCUCGCCAUGGUCGUUAUCUCACUGCAUCUGCUAUGUUCAGAGGCAAGAUGAGCACUAAAGAAGUUGAUGAGCAGAUGAUUAUUGUCCAGAACAAGAACUCGUCUUACUUUGUCGAAUGGAUCCCCAAUAAUGUGAAGUCUAGUGUUUGUGACAUACCACCUAGGGGCCUCUCCAUGGCAUCCACCUUCAUCGGCAAUUCGACCUCGAUCCAAGAGAUGUUCAGGAGGGUGAGCGAGCAAUUUACUGCAAUGUUUAGGAGGAAGGCUUUCUUGCAUUGGUACACUGGUGAGGGUAUGGAUGAGAUGGAAUUCACUGAAGCAGAGAGCAACAUGAAUGAUCUCGUCUCAGAGUACCAGCAGUAUCAAGAUGCCACUGCUGAUGAGGAGGAUGAUUAUGAGGGCGAUGAAGAGGAGGUCCUCCAGGACGUGUGAGUAUAUGAAGGAAGAUAAUAUGUGGGUUUUUUUUGUUUGUUUUAUGACAGCAAUGUUCUGUGUGUGUUAUUCCCUCGCCUGUAUGCAUUUCUCUUGUACUUUGGUCCGUAGUAGCCAAUAUAUCUGAAGCUGUUGCUAUGAUGACAUUGCUUUAUAUUCUUAUGCAUGUUAGGAUAUCAGAUGAAUAUUUUCCCAGAUAUUCAAGUUAUGUAGCAAGUUUGGUUCGGAUGUUGGA